AUGUCAGGCGAACUGCAAACCAUCCCUGCGCGCCAUGGCGUUGCGACAUUUGUGCCGCGCGGCCGCACGAUCAAGGUCAUCAACAUAUAUGGCAAGCAAGUUGUCAGCAUGUGGGCGUUCACGCUAGGCCCACCACCUGAGGACGACGACGACGAUGGUCUGGGAGCUGAAGAGGUUGAAGAGGAGGCAAAGAAGCUGCAGGAGGCUGCUGUUGCGGAGAGCAAAGGCAAGGAGGACCAAUCGAAAAAGACGCAGCCAGCUGCUGAGGAGAAGCAAGAAUCAAAGGCCGAGGACUCUGCAGACUUAGAAGAAGAGAAGAAAGAGCGGCCAGAUGUCAGCAGGGGCGAAGAGUCAAAAGAGCAUGAAGACCCGCCCGAACAAGCACCUGACACACCUGACAACGAGAAGUCCACCGAGGACACUGACAACACAGAAAAGACGGAUGAAAAGACACCGAAACAGCCGUCGAAGCGAACCUGGGCCUCGUACCUCCCAUCCAUACCCUACCGCUCCAAAGGCAAGGGAGACAAGGCAGACAACAAAGAUGCUGAACAGGAGCCUAGCCCCGAGGAGCAGAAAGCGCAGAACGAAGCCAACACGAAGAAGUGGUCUUCGUACAUACCAACUGGCAAGGGCUUCUCAAACUACAUUCCCAAUGUAGAAGUACCCAGCAAGGAGGGCGUGGUCAGCGCGUUCAAGUCGAGCCAUUACCGCGAUCCCAACAAGAGCUAUGCUGAGCAGCUGUACGACUUCUCCAAAACGCCUGUUGGUGCAGGCACGAUCGCUGCUGCCACCGGCUCAGGCUACGCUUCCUCCGUCUACGCCGCCUAUUCCGCGUACUCACAAGUCCACCCCUCGGACUCUUCGCUCCCGCCCAUGGAGUAUCUUUCCCUCCCACACACACGCGCCUCGUCCUACAAGCUCGUCCCCGAAGUCGACGAUACCCUCCUCACCAAUCUGCGCAACCCUAUCAUCACGCUCAUCGAGGAUUCCACGCCCGGUGCCCACGAUACACUCACCGCCGCAUGCGAUGCAAAUCUCUACACGGCUCUUGGCGUCGACAAGCCCGCGGAGCACGGCAGCUGCGCGGAGAACCUUGUGCUUGCGCUCAAAGAGCUGAAUGAGAACGCGGGCCUGAAAGGUACAAAGGCGGUAGGCGCCGACAUCAGCGUCAACAUCGCGCCCACGCCGCUGCACCUCUUCAUGGCGGCGCCCAUCGAGCUCCCAUCGGACGCGAAGACCAGCGGGUCCGGUGCCAAGGGCGCGAGGCUCGCGGUCGAAGAGCCUCAGGGCAAGAAGCGGGUAUUCGUGCGGUUCCGUGCGGAGCGAGACGUAGUCGUCGUCUUCAGCGCGUGUCCCAUGGACGUGGGGCCGCAGAACGGCGGGCGGUGCAUGGCAGCGAAUUUCAUGGUCGAGGAAGCGGACGGCGACAACGACGCCGCGAGCAUCAAGAGCAAGAGCGGAAAGAAGACGACACCGAGGAAGCUCGGGGCCCAGAAAGACGAGUCGAAAUCAAAGGACGCGACCGAGAAGAAGGAAGACGCCGACAAGCCCAAACCGAAGAAACUGAACGCGCCCAACGCACAGGGAGAGGACAAGCGCGCCGAGCGCAAAGAUGCCGAGACGACGCAGCCCGCGUCUAACGACGAGGAGAAGGAGGGAGAGUCUCCACCCGCGGAGACUGAGGAGAAAGUAGAGGCGAAGACUGAGGAGAAGGCAGAAGAGAAGACUGAGGAGAAGGCAGAGAAAGCAGAAGACAAAAGCAGUGAGAAGAGUAGCGAGAAGGGAAGCGACGAGGCGGCGAAACCCAAGAAGAAGCCCAAGAAGCUGCAGGUUCGAUCUAAGCAGUAG